AUGUCGCAUAACGAAGACGACGUUGAUCCGUCGACCAAUUCGGCACCAGACCUUCAGAUCUUGGGUGAUGAAGUCACGCUUCAGCCCAGUGGCUUUGUUCAGCCGCCUCCCAAGAAUAUUCCCGAGGGUAAGGAGGAGGCUUUGAUGGACAAGUUUGCCUCGUUUCGCUCUGAGCCUUUCCGCUCUUGUGUUAGGUUUCUUCGCGAGGUGUCCCUCUAUGUCUCGGGUCAAGGAUGGCGAGCCUACGAUAAUGCAAUUGGCCAACCUGUCUUUUAUUCUGGGUUUUCGGAGAAUAUGAAGAAUAUGGUUCUUUCGGCGCCACUUCUUCAGCAGAGAAUCAGCCAACUUGCUGAGCAUCGUGUAGCUGUCGAAGAACGUGAGGGAACGCUGCCAAGAGACAGCAAAGACUAUAGUAUCAAACGCUCUCAACGACUCAAUGAGAUAGAGUCAGGCCUUCAGGAACUGGCAGAUAAAUGGACCGACGACAUGAUUUGCAAGAUGGAAAGCAAGGCGUUUAUUCGUGGAGCUUAUUAUCUUUGCACUCAGUUAUUGACGCGCGCUUACCAUCAAGGCAUCCAUGUCUCUAGCGAGGAGGUCCUGCGACUGCGCAAAGUUGCCGAAGUAGCAGCUAAGAAGAAGCAAAGUAUCAUUUUCUUGCCCAGUCAUCGAUCCCACGUUGACUAUGUCUCCCUGCAACUCAUCUGCUAUCGUUUGGGUCUUACACUGCCAGUGGUUGUGGCAGGAGACAACUUGAACUUACCUGUGCUCGGCGACUUCCUGCAACAUGCUGGAGCCAUGUGGAUUCGAAGAGCGUUUGGUGAUGAUGUUUUAUACACCACGCUAGUCCAAUCAUAUAUCGAUACGCUUCUCCAGGAAGGCUACAAUUUUGAAUGCUUUAUCGAAGGAGGUCGUUCCCGGACCGGGAAGUUGCUACCCCCAAAGUUUGGCAUUCUUAGCUUCGUCCUCGACAGUAUUUUAUCGGGUCGUGUUGAAGACGCUAUCAUCUGUCCUGUCAGCACUCAAUAUGAUAAGGUCAUCGAAACGGAGGGUUAUGUUACCGAACUACUCGGGAUGCCUAAGAAAAAGGAAAACCUAGCGGACUUUCUGAGCGGAGGAUCAUCUGUCUUAUCUCUUCGCUUGGGCCGAGUUGAUGUUAGGUUCCACGAACCCUGGAGUUUAAGAAAGUUUCUGGACGACCAGCUGUCAAAACUUCCCAGCAUCCCACGCGGACUUGAUACCGACCACCAGCGACCUGAGGUCCGUGCAGUUCGAGAGAAACUUCUACGGACGAUGGGAUAUCAGGUACUGAGCGACAUUAACGAUGUGUCCGUCGUGAUGCCAACAGCGCUAAUUGGUACUGUUCUUCUUACACUUCGUGGUCGCGGAGUUGGCAAGGAAGAACUGAAGCGUCGGGUUGCAUGGCUGACAGAACGUGUGCGUGGAAAGGGUGGGCGUGUAGCCCAUUUCGGCAACGCACCUCUUGCCGAGAUCGUUGACCGUGGCCUUGACGUGCUUGGCAAAGAUCUCGUAGGAGUAGUUGAAGGUCUUGCUGAGCCUACAUAUUACGCAGUUGACCGCUUUCAGUUGUCGUUCUAUCGCAAUAUGACGAUUCAUCUCUUUAUCUACGAGGCGCUGGUUAGUGCAGCAAUGUACUCACGGGUAAAGAGAGGAGGCGGUGCUCAAAUCCAAGACAUUUCGUUCGAUGAAUUAAAGGAACAAGUGUUCUUUCUUUCGUCUCUAUUCCGUGGCGAAUUCAUCUUUUCCAGUGAGGGCCUGGAUACCAAUUUGGACAGGACCUUACGAGGUCUGGAGGUAGACGAAGUGAUUCGAGUUGAUCGUGAUGCAGACGGCAACGUCACUAUGGUUGGGCUUGCAGAACAGGAGAGAAAGGCCGGAAGAGAAAACUACGACUUUUACUGCUUUCUCAUAUGGCCUUUUAUAGAGGCGACUUGGCUGGCAGCGGUAUCUCUCAUGGGGCUCACUCCUCCUCCUGGCCAGAAUGAAGAGACCUGGAUUGAACAAGGCAAGAUACAUAACAGCGCCCAGCUCCUUGGCAAGACGCUUUACCACCAGGGUGACUUGUCAUACUUCGAAGCUGUCAACAAAGAAACUCUAAAGAACUCGUACUUGCGCUUCGAGCAAGAUCAACUCCUUCAUGUUAUAAAAUCGAAAGACACCAAGAUCCCACCUCGCGCUCAGCUCGACGCCUCCUGGAGAACUCCUCGAGACCCAGAGACAGGCGUUCUCCUUGCGGAAGGCAAACUUUGGGAUUUCACCGAGAAGAUUGCGAAGUCACGUCGCGAAGGCAAGAACCGUCGUGAUGGUGCUACGGUUAGCAGCCGUGUGCUCCGUCUUACGGACGAAUUGGGCCGCAAGCUUUGGGAGGAAACGCUCGAAGCUGAGAGAAGCGGCAAAGGCAAAGCUCCUAGUCGACUCAGCAACGAAGAGAAGGAGGCUUUUGGGAGGAGUGUGAGAGAAGGAAAGAAGAAGAGAGAGGAGAGAGCUCGGGCUCAUCUGUGA